AGGAGCCAGAACAAUGGUCUCGGCGGCAGAGCGGCCCGAUGAUCAACCCGUCGUUCGAGCCAGACGACUUCCUACCACAAAGCCUGUCACCGGUGAAGGAUGAGAAGAAGAGGCCUGGAGACAAGAGCAUCUUCCUCGUCAACAUGAAUGAGAAGACCAUCCCCGAGGUUGAGGAGUAUGAGCCCUAUGACAACAGAGUCGUGGACCAUCCUACAACGAACUUGGAAACCUUUCUUCACCUGAUGAAGGGCAGUUUGGGUACGGGCAUCCUGGCCAUGCCAAAAGCCUUUUCCAACGCUGGUUACGUAGUCGGCUCCGUUGGAACCGUGGUCAUCGGUGUCCUAUGCACGUACUGUAUACAUAUCCUGAUCGACUCAUGCUAUGUGCUCUGCAAAAGAAGAAAAGUGCCAUCUCUGUCGUACACUGCGGCCGCUGAAGCAGCGCUUCUGGAAGGACCUGAUUGGUGCAAGGCCUGCGCGCCUUAUGCAGCGCACGUCGUGAACGCUUUUCUACUGGUGUACCAAAUAGGAACAUGCUGUGUAUACGUAGUGUUCGUGUCGGAGAACAUCUACUUCGUACUCACAAAGCACUUUGGUAUAGAAAUAACAGUAACACAAGUAAUGUUGUGCGUACUACUGCCGCUGGUACUAAUCAACUGGGUGAGAGACCUGAAGUAUCUGGCUCCCUUCUCCGCCAUCGCAAACGCGGUAACCAUCGUGAGCUUCGGCAUCAUCCUGUACUACAUCUUCAGAGAGACUCCCACCCUGGAAGGCAAGGUCCCAGCAGGAAAACUGGCCAACUUCCCGUUGUUCUUCGGAACUGUGCUGUUUGCUCUCGAAGCUAUUGGCGUGAUUCUGCCCUUAGAAAACGAGAUGAAGACACCAAGAGACUUCGUCGGCAAGUUCGGAGUGCUGAACUGUUCUAUGAUCAGCAUCAUCAUCCUAUACGUGGGCAUGGGCUUGUUCGGCUACCUGCAAUACGGUGACCAGUCUGAAGGCAGUAUCACCCUCAACUUGCCCUCUGAUAAAGAAAUUCUCGCCAACGUAGUCCAGUGUCUGCUUGCCUUCGCAAUCUUCAUCACCCACGGCCUCGCCUGCUAUGUCGCGAUAGACAUCUUGUGGAACGAGUACAUCGGCAUACGUCUGCUGAAUAGCAAACACAGACUUCUUUGGGAGUACUUCAUCAGGACUACCAUCGUGCUUAUGACUUUUGGUAUCGCAGCGGCUGUGCCGGCUCUGGAGCUAUUCAUCUCACUGUUCGGAGCUCUGUGUUUAUCAGCCCUUGGUUUGGCCUUCCCCGCCUUGAUCCAAAGCUGCACGUACUGGUACUACGUGUCCCGUUCUGAGCGGAUCCGUAUGAUUGUCAAAAACGCCAUCGUCGUGCUUUUCGGAGCUCUGGGACUUGUCGUCGGUACUUGGACUUCACUUGAGCGCAUCAUCGCUACUUUCGGCACCGGCGGCAUUGAGGCCGGCUCCAACCACACCGUAGCCAGUAACACAACGCUCGCGCCCUGA